UUUUAAUAUAACAUAUACAUUUAGUUAAUAUGUAUAAUAUAUUCGUUUCAAUUAUUCAGUUUUAGUGUUAUUUUAUUUUGUUACCUAGUUUAAAAAAACAUUAAGAAUGAAAUUGCCUAGAGGAUUCUGUGAUUUACGUGUUGAACAGAUAAAUAAAGACAUUUUAAAUACAUAUGUUACAUAUGGUUAUAGUAUUAUUGCCUUAAAUACUAACGUAGAUUCCUUGUCUUUGGAUGUUGGUGUUUCUAAUAGAAAGAAACGAAAGAAAACAGAGAAUAGUGAUGUUACUGAAAAUAAAGAUCAACAAAAUUGUGUUCCAGCUACAAAAAAAAUUGAAAAUGAUACCAAUUUGACUAUACUAAAUCGACUAACUGUGAAAGUUUCAAACUUAGGACAAUUUCAGAAAAUAGUAAAGUCACCAAAUUUUAAACAAUAUGAUAUAUUAGCCGUAGAACCACUGAGUGAUCAAAUUUCUCAAGAACUAGUAUCUUCUCCUCUUGUAGAUAUAAUUGUUUGCAAUGCCAAAAAUAUGUUAAUUUCUGCAAAGCAGUAUAAAGUUGCUGUAGAAAAAAAUAUACAUUUUGAAAUUUGCUAUGGACCCAUGCUGCGUCAUGUGUUUACACGUCAAGAUACAAUAACUCUAGCACAUUUACUCCAUAUUAAAGGAAAAUCAAAAAAUAUUAUUGUUUCAAGUGCAGCCAAUUUAAGAACUGACAUUCGCAAUCCAUAUGAUAUAAUAAAUUUAGGACUGUUGUUUGGCUUAUCAAAGAAACAAUCAAAAGAUUCAAUUUGUGAUAAUUGUCAUUUAGUUGUGCUUAGAAGUUAUGGAAAAAGAUUGGGAAAAUCAGCAAUCAAUAUUAUACCCAUUUGCAAAAAAUUACAAUAAGGCUCUAUGAUUAAUUUGUUAUUUUUAUUAUUAUUUUAAUUAUUAUUUUAUAAAAAGCUUCGUAAUGUCUUAAAAUAAAAUGUACAUUUUUAAAAAAUGUUGAUGUAAUUACACUGAAUCCUUCUUAAACAA